UUUGAAUUCUUGAAAUAAAAACUAAACACAGACCCAACCCUCUUUUCUUGUUGAGACCUCCAGGUUUUCUCGCAGAUCGCCGCCGAGGGUGUUGUUUUUAAAGGGACUAUUGUGAACCAUGGGAACCCCUGAAACUUCACGGGAGCCAUGCCCCGAUAGAAUUCUCGAUGAUAUCGGUGGUGCUUUUGGUAUGGGUGCUGUUGGAGGUUCAGCCUUCCACUUCUUGAAAGGCACAUAUAACUCCCCGAGUGGUGCUCGGUUGAUAGGAGGAACUCAAGCAGUGCGGAUGAAUGCCCCUCGUGUCGGCGGUAGUUUUGCUGUUUGGGGUGGCCUGUUUUCCACCUUCGAUUGCACGAUGGUGUAUGUCCGACAGAAAGAAGAUCCCUGGAACUCCAUUAUAGCCGGUGCCGCGACUGGAGGGUUUCUUUCGAUGCGUCAAGGAUUCGGUUCUGCUUCCAGAUCGGCGAUUUUCGGUGGUGUUUUGCUUGCCCUGAUCGAAGGAGCUGGUAUCAUGUUGAAUAAAGUUCUCAGCCAACCGCAGAUGCCUAUAAUGAUUGACGAGCCAGCACCCAACGUAGCCGGAAUACCCGGAUAUCCAACGGGACAACUUCCAAACCAAGCCCCUACAUCAAUUGAUAGUUUUAGACACGGAUCAGCACCACCACCACCUCCAUCACCAUCAUCAUUGGCCUCGUCUAAUUCUUCCUCUUCAUGGUUAGGAGGACUUUUCGGUGGAAAGAAGCAGGAAACAACUACUGGUAGCGGAAGUAAAACUGAGGUUCUGGAGAGCUUCGAUGCACCUCCCGUGCCAUCAUUUGAAUACAAAUAAGUUGGUUCCUUACCCAUUUUGUCACGGUUAGCACCGAUCCUGCCUUUCUUCCCGGAACUUCGAAGUGUCUCGACUUAUUAAGCUUCCGUUUCGUCAUUAAAUUAAAUCAAUAGCUGUUAUUACAUUCUUAUUGUUGUUUUCCUAUUGCAAGAUACAUGCUUAUAGAGAUGUUUUCUCAGCAGUCAAACAAAAACCCCAUGUGUGCCUCUAUAUAGCUUUUCAAAUGUCAUGGUGGAAUUUUGCUUCCUU